AUGACGGCAAAAGAAGCAUGUACUAUCACAAAUGCGAAGAAGGUGGUCAGCGAAGCACAGGGGUUAGCCUACCCACAAGCUGGCUACCUCUCGUAUCAGACUCUAACCUGA